GUGGUACCGUGCUGGGAGCAUAAGCGACGAUUUAAGAUUACAAAUUGAGAAGAAUACUAGUGCGAGUGCCGGAUAGUCGAAACAUACGGUCAGGAUGAGUAACAUGCAACCGGAAGAGUACGAAAAUACGGGCUGGCUGUCGUACUUUAGCCGGCACAAAACGACCUACACUGCGUCCGACAUUCACAAGAUUAGUAACGAGCUGAACAAUGUGCGCAAAAACUUGACCGCCACCCAGUACGCGUACGGUGAGCUAAGCAGUGAACUGAAGGCUCUGAAAAGCCUGCAGGAACAGCAACGUCUGGUGGACGAGUACGAACAACGGGCCGCAGCCAGUAGCAAAGGAACGAAAUCUACCGAGAAGCGAUUGAAAGAGCAGGCGGAUGAAAUCAAAAAUCUCAAGAGCGAUCUGGCCAGCUGUCGCAAUGAGCUGUCCAAGCAGAUCGCUGCAAUGAAGGUGGCGUUCAGCGAACAGAGCAAGAAAAAGGGUCUGACUGGGAGCGGGAAAUUUGCUGCCGGGAACACCGGCAACAGCGCGAUGACCUUGAGCCUGGAAAGCCGCAUCAUCGCUGCCGAGGUGCAGUUGGAACAGCUGAGCACCGGGGCUGAGACGACAGAGCGCUUAAGCGCUUUGGAGCAGAAAGUAGGUCAGCUGGAACAGACGAGCGGUGGUGCCGGUGACUACGAAGCACGGUUGAAUGCUCUUGAGCGAGAUUUUACGCAGAAAUUGCAGGACCUGACCAAUCUCGUGGUGGAACUGCAACGGAAGCUAGCGAAGAGUGAAGCCAAACAUGUGGAAAUGGUGCAACGGUUGUCUGCGGCCCAAACGACACUGUAUGAACAGCUGGAACAUCGGUACGACGAACAGUGUGGGAAGCUGCGAGAACUUCAGGUUCGUCUGAGUCAUCUUGGACAGAACGACGAUAUUGAUUCAACGUUUGUUUGAGUGAAGGAAGACGCGAAAUCUAUGCUGCCAACGAAGCACUUGCCCACCAUCACCAUCAUGACGAUCUAGUGCACCAUCAUCCGGAUGCACUGCUGCACAGCCUGGCGAGUACCGACCAUUCGCUACUGCACCAUGACCUUCAUCACGAUCUGC